AUGGAACUUUUAGCAUCAUACAAUGAACAAAUAGGUGCUCUUGUUUUGGGUAAUGCUCCACAAAAUGCUAAAUACACCUCACAUCAAAUUCAAAAAGAAAUUUUGCAUGUCUUUGCUAGAAAUGUUCAAUCUUCAAUUCGUCAUGAGAUUGGUGAUGCAAGAUUUUGUUUAAUUGUUGAUGAAGCUCGAGAUGAAUCUAGAAGAGAGCAAAUGACCCCUGUUAUUAGGUUUGUUGAUAGAAGUGGAUUUAUACGAGAACGAUUUUUGGAUAUAGUUCAUGUCAAAGAUACAACUGCUGCAACUCUUAAGGAAGAGAUUUCCUUUGUUUUAUCUCAUCAUAAUCUGGAUGUUCAAAAUAUUAGGGGUCAAGGGUAUGAUGGUGCCAAUAAUAUGCGUGGAGAGUGGAAUGCAUCUACAAUUGAACAUUUAGUUGAUAUUGGUGAGAUUGAAACGAGUAAAGGAGUUAAUCAAGUUGGUGGUUUGCAACGACUUGGAGAUAGCAGAUGGAGUUCGCACUUCAAAUCAAUUUGCAGUUUGAUAAAAAUAUAUGGGGCAACUUGCUUGGUUCUUGAAAACAUUGUUGUAGAUGGAUCUAUUUAUUCUCAACGUGGUGAUGCGGUCUUUUCAUUUAAGUUGCUAAUGUCAUUUGAUUUUGCACUCAUCUUACAUAUAAUGAAGGAUGUUAUGGGAAUUACUGAUAUGCUUUGCCAAGCUCUACAACAAAAAUCUCAAGACAUUUUAAAUGCUAUGCAUUUAGUGACUACUACAAAGACUUUAAUUCAGAAGUUAAGAGAUGAUGGUUGGAAAACUCUUUUAGAAGAAGUGAUAUCAUUUUGUAAGCAUCAAGACAUUGAAGUUCCUGAUAUGAAUGCUUGUUUUUCUAGUGUGGGACGAUCUCGCCGUAAACAAAAAUCAGUAACAGUUGAACAUCACUACCGAGUUGAUAUAUUUACAGCUAUCAUUGAUCAACAAUUGCAAGAGCUAAAUAAUAGAUUCAAUGAGCAGGCAAUCGAGCUUCUUCAGUUAAGCACAGCUUUAGAUCCUAGAAAUAGCUAUAAAUUAUUCAAUGUUAAAGAUAUAUGCUUACUUGUUGACAAGUUCUAUCCUCAAGAUUUUUCUGACCAAGAAAAAAUUCAUUUGAGACUUCAGUUGCAGCAUUAUGAGCUUGAUGUACCCAAUCAUCUAAAGUUAAAGAGCAUGUCAUCGAUUGCUGAUUUAUGUCAAGGACUGGUUGAAACAGGAAAAUCAACAAUUUAUCCACUAGUUGACAGGUUGAUUCGGCUUAUUUUGACUCUUCCUGUUUCGACAGCAACUACUGAACGAGCUUUCUCAGCGAUGAAGAUUGUUAAAACAAGACUUCGUAAUCGGAUGAUUUUCUUACAAAUUAUUUGA